AUGGACGGACGGAACGGCUCAAAGAGGGCCCGAAGUGAGCCCGCUAAUGGUCCCAACCAAAGCAACGUGGGAACUUCAGGUGUUGAGGAGCCGCACGUUGAGGAGGUGCCGGCUCGUGAUCCGGAACUGGAACGGCAACUGGACCGCUUGAACAUUGACGACAAUCUAAAGGAAUCCCUGCGCGGCUUGUCGCCUUCCACUCGGGGAGAAGUAAUGAAUGAUAUCAUCCGAAGUGAAACUAUCGAGAGGGCCAGCAGUUUGAUGGAGCAAGCCAACUUAUUGUCUUUAAUUGAACUUAGGCGGUUACCGGAGUUAAUGGAGGAGGGAAUGUCUUCCCAACAUUACAGGGCAGACGUUGAUGACGAUAGUGAGCUACAUGAGUUUGGUCAAGCUCUGGAAGACAUGCAGGCCGAUGGUCAGUCGCCGUCUCCGCAGCGUGGGCGCCCUCAUGGGAUGCUCCACACGCCCGGCCCACUUAUUCUGGAGUUCCUAAGGGCGUUCGCUGCUGGAACCCAUGCUGCUUUUGCCGAUGCGGCGGGUGUAUCGGAGCACCUCAACAUACUUUCCGAGCUGGCAGCACAGCGCGCCAUGGGGGUGACGGAAGACGUUGAUAACAUGUCAUAUGAGGAGUUGCUGGAGUUAGAAGAUAAAAUCGGGUAUGUCAGUAGAGGUGUAAAGCCAGAAGAUGUGCAGAAAUGUGUGAAGGAUGUUCCUACGCCUCAUGAAGGUAACUGUGUCGUGUGUCAGUGUGAAUGGUCGGAUAACGCAGAAACGGCGCCCGCUGUGGUUGAGUUAAACCGGUGCAAACAUGUGUUCCAUCGCACCUGCAUCAGGGAAUGGCUCCUCAAAAACAAGAAGUGCCCCGUAUGCACGCAAGAGGUUGUUUGA